AUGUCUAAAAGAAAUAUUUACAACAAAAUUCAUCGGAUACGAUCCGAUAUAAAGGUUCCUCGAAAUAAAUCAAAACCGGGAUUUAUACCCAAUAUGGAGAAAGUGGAGGUUCUCUCUGAGCCAAUUAAAUCUGUGUCCGACAAAAAGCUUUACAAAACAAUUCGGCUUGAGAAUGGUUUAACUGCUCUACUUAUAUCAGAUCCGAGUAAAGUUAUUGAUAAUGAGACCAGUUCAAGUGAAGAAGAGACUAGCGAAUCAGAUGGAACUGGUUCUGAUAGUGAUGGGGCCCAGUCUGUGCAGUCUGUAGCUAGUGAUCAACAUAACACUAAGAGACGUAGCGAAUUUGAUGAAGAAAAAUUGGCCAGGUGUGGUUGUAAACACAACGUAUUUAAAUAUAUGAAGAAAGCAUAUGAGAAAAUAUAUCGAUCUAGAAAGCACUGCAAGAUAUUCUAUACACAACUUUCACUUGACACGGCUGCCUGUGCUCUCUGCGUGGGUGUGGGGAGUUACAGUGAUCCUGCAGAAAUACAAGGAUUGGCGCACUUCGUCGAGCAUAUGGUGUUUAUGGGAAGUGAAAAGUAUCCAAAAGAAAAUGAAUUUGAUGCUUUUAUUAAGAAAAAAGGUGGUUCCGACAACGCGUCAACUGACUGCGAAGUUACAACCUUCUAUUUUGAAAUAUCUGAGAAGCAUCUUUCGAGUGCGAUGGAUAUGUUCAGCCAGUUCUUUGUUAGUCCUCUGAUGUUGAAAGAGGCCAUGCAGAGGGAAAGAGAAGCCAUUGAAUCUGAAUUUGCGAUAGCUUCACCAUCCGACUCCAAUCGUAAAGACCAAUUGCUGUCAAGUAUGUUUCCUGAGGGUCACCCAGCAAGGACCUUCACUUGGGGAAACCUUCGGAGCCUGAAGGAGGAUAUACCUGAUGACGACAAGCUUUAUCAGGCUGCGCACGAGUUCCGAAGACGUCAUUAUAGCGCGCAUAGAAUGACUGUUACUGUACAAGCUCGUAUGGACCUCUCAUCCCUAGAGGGGCUAGUGGCAAAGACGUUUGGACAAAUUCCGACCAAUAAUCUACCUUCAGAUAAUUUUAAGGAGCACAUGUUUAAUCCCCGUAAUAUCACUAGUGAUUUUACUAGUAUAUACUAUGUGAAACCCGUUAGUGAUACAACUGAGGUACAAUUGACAUGGUUAAUGCGAUCUUUAAUAACGGAAUACGAAUCGAAACCGCAUCAGUAUAUUUCAUAUCUUUUAGGACACGAGGGGAAAGGGAGUUUAUUGUCAUAUCUUAGAAAAAAAGUUUGGGCUUUGGGUAUUUACACUGGCAACUCUGAAAGUGGCAUAGACUAUACUUCAAUGUACAGUCUGUUUUCAACUCAAGUUAUUCUUACAAAGGAUGGAUUAGAUCAUAUUGACGAAGUUUUAGAAGCAAUAUUCUCUUAUAUAAACAUGCUUAGAAAAAUUGGUCCUUCGGAACGGAUAUUUGAAGAAAUUAAAACUAUAGAAGAAACAAGUUUCCGUUUUGAAGAGGAAUCGCAACCGGCGGAAUAUGUGGAAUCCCUGGCUGAAAAUAUGCAGAAUUUACCUCCAAAACACUAUAUUACUGGAGACCGCCUCUACUAUAAAUAUGAUCCAAAGGGUAUAACAGAAUUAUUGGAAUGUAUGACACCGGAUAAAGCUAAUGUAAUGAUUUUGUCGAACAAACACUCGACACCCAUUCCAUACGAUGCCAAAGAGAAGUGGUUCGGCACAGAAUAUAAAAGGAAAGAAAUCCCAUCCACCUGGAUGCACCGAUGGCAAACAGUUAAGCCGUUUAAGCAGUUCCAUCUGCCCGAUAAAAACAUUUACAUAACUAACGACUUUAACUUAGUACCGCCAGCGUUGCCUUAUUUAGAAGAAGCUGAACGAUUAGGAAUUAAUUUGAUGACAAGCUCCAUUAAGGAUAUAAAUAAGAAGAUAGAAGCCACUACGAAAACGUCUAAAAUUCUUAAGGAAGGUGAUCUGAUAGCUACUGUUCAGGAAUUUAGAUUGGACCAGCCUAACUUAAUACGUAAAAACAGACAUAUGGAGUUAUGGUACAAACCAGAUUUCAAGUUCCGGUUUCCGACUGCACUUCUCUAUUUCUACUUUAUUACGCCACUCAGCUUGAAGUCGCCGAGGGAAUCGUGCCUUCUAGAUCUUUGGACUGAUGUUUUGCAACAAGGCCUUAAGGAAGAAGUGUACCCUGCCAACAUGGCGGAUCUCUCCCAUUCCUUAUAUGUCGGAGAUAAAGGCCUAAUGCUAAAAGUCAAUGGUUAUAGUCAGAAUUUACAUCUUCUCGUCGAACUAGUGACACGUGAAAUGCGUACGAAUACGGAUAAUUUAACGUUAGAGUUGUUCGAGGCCGUGCGUGAAGUACGUGCGCGUACGUAUCACAACGUACUCAUUAAACCUCACAAGUUGGCCAAGGACGUUAGAAUGAACGUGUUGUUGGAACCAUACGUGUCGCCACGGGAGAAGGCAAUCGUCAUACAAAAUAUAACCUUGGAUGACCUCAAAGACUUCACUGAUAGGUUGCUAGACAAGUUAUACGUACAGGUGCUAAUGCAAGGUAAUUUGGCGUGGACCGAUGCUAUUAAAAUAUCGGAAAAUGUCCUUCAAAAUAUAAAAUGGGAGGGUCUGCCCCAAAAAGAACUACCUGAAAUUAAAGUCCACGAAUUACCACUCGGCGAGCGAGUGAUCCGAGUGAUGAGUCUAAACCCGGCCUCUACCAAUAGUAUAGUAACUAAUUACUACCAGGGUGGUGCGGCUAACAUCAAAGAUACUGCCACGCUUGAAGUGCUCAUGAUGCUGAUGGAAGAGCCGGUUUUCGAUGUCCUUCGCACAAAAGAGCAGUUGGGUUACAGCGUAUUCUGCAUGUUACGGUACACCUUCGGAGUUCUUGGCUACUCCGUCACAGUCAAUGCGCAGAGGGAUAAAUUCAGUGUGGCACACGUUGACACUCGGGUAGAGGUGUUCCUAAAGAAAUUCAGCCGAGACAUGAGGAAGUUAAGCGAUAAGACACUGUCCGCUGUCAAACAAUCGCUGGUCCAACUCAAACAUACGACCGACUACGAACUCAAGGAGGAGGUGGAAAGGAAUUGGAGAGAAAUUAUAGGCGGUGAAUACCGGUUUCAGCGAUUAUUUAGUGAGGCUGACGCCAUCGAGAAAGUCAAGGUAUCGGAUAUCAAGAGCUGGAUCGAAAACAAUUUCUCAACGGGCAACCGAUCACACUUUAGAAAGUUGUCUGUUCAAGUAAUGGGCCAUCUCCCCAACAAAGACGGUAAUAUUACUGAAAGUAAUGUCAAGGAGAGUACCCUGGAAUACUUAGAUGCGUCACAACCGGUCGGCGACACAUCGGAGAAUGACACAGAAUUUAUAACGGAUAUUCACGAAUUUAACCAACACCUGCCUUUUGUUCCGGUACAGAGAGUAGAAUUAGCGCAAUGCUAA